GGUAUUCCUGGCCCUCCUGGUGGCAGCGGGCUGAAGGGAGACAUUGGACUUCCCGGCGUUCCCGGAUUCCCAGGACUAAAGGGAGAAUCUGGAAGCCCUGGAUCAUCCGGUCUGCCUGGAGAUCCUGGAGAUCCUGGUCCUGCUGGAAACCAAGGUGACCCAGGUGUCGCUGCGACCCCCAUCAUGCUGAAGGGAGAACGUGGCCCCCUGGCCCUUCAGGUCUGCCAGGCAACCGUGGCUCCCAAGGACCCCCGGACAGGAGGGACGCUCAGGUCAGCCCGGUCAACCAGGGGACCCCGGUCCUGAAGGACCCCAGGAUUCAGUGGAGCUUUCGGCCGCAAGGGAGACUCUGGACCCGCCGGACAGCCAGGUCAGCGUGGGUACCCAGGUCCCACUGGUUCAGAUGGUCAGCAGGGUCCCCCAGGUAACCCCGGCUCAGCCUCUGUGACCCAUGGCUUCCUGAUCUCGAGACACAGCCAGGCUGAAUAUGUCCCUAUCUGCCCCGAAGGGACCAGCCUCAUCUACGACGGGUUCUCUCUGCUCUACGUACAGGGCAACGAGA